CUGAGCAGUCAGGGCACUUCUGGCUCCGAGAUCACCCUCCUGAACACGUCUCCGGCUGCCGAGUCACUGAGGCCAUCGUAGAUAAGCCCACCAAGCUGGGGUGGCACUGGUCCCGUGAUGGCUCCCCCCAUCAGCAGCUUCCUGUUGGCAGUGCUGUUUUCUGCCAGCUGUGAAGCCAUCACCUCCUUGGAUCAGACAUGCAUGGAGAAAGAAGCCAACAAAACAUAUAACUGUGAGAAUUUAGGUCUCAUAGAAAUUCCUGACACUCUACCGAACACAACAGAAUUUUUGGAAUUUGGCUUUAAUUUCUUGCCUACAAUUCAAAAUACAACUUUCAGCAGGCUCAUAGAUCUUAUCUUUUUGGAUUUAACCAGGUGCCAGAUUAACUGGAUACAUGAAGACACUUUUCAAAGCCAUCAUCAAUUGGACACACUUGUGUUGACUGGAAAUCCCCUGAUAUUCAUGGCAGAAACAUCACUUAAUGGGCCCAGGUCACUGAAGCAUCUUUUCUUGAUCCAAACAGGAAUAACCAAUCUUGAGUUUAUCCCAGUGCAAAAUCUGAAGAAUUUAGAAAGUUUGUAUCUUGGAAGCAACCACAUUUCCUCCAUUAAGUUCCCAGAAAACUUCCCAACACAGAAUCUGAAAGUUUUGGAUUUUCAGAAUAACGCCAUACAUUACCUCACAGGUAAAGAUGUGAACGCUCUGGAGGCCACCAACCUAAGCCUUAACUUGGAUGGCAAUGCCAUCAGGGGCAUUGAGUCUGGGGCUUUCCAUUCAAAAGUCUUCCAGAGUUUGAGGUUUGGAGGGACUCUCGACUUGUCUAUUAUAUUCAAAGGUCUACAGAACUCUACCACUGAGUCUCUCUGGCUGGGGACAUAUGAGGACACUGAAAAUCAAUACGUCACUACAGCCAUGUUUGAAGGACUUUGUGAAAUGUCUGUGGAGAGCAUCAACCUGCAGAAGCACCGUUUCUCUGACUUGUCAUCUACCACGUUUCGGUGCUUCACGCAAUUUCAGGAAUUGGAUCUAACGGCAGCUCACUUGAAAGAGUUACCCUCUGGGAUUGAGGGUAUGAACUCUCUCAAGAAAUUAGUUCUCAAUGUAAAUCAUUUUGAGCAGUUGUGUGAAAUCAAUGCUGCCAGUUUUCCAUCCCUUACAGACCUCUCUAUCAAAGGCAACCUGAAUAAACUUGGCCUCGGUGCUGGGUGUUUGGAAAAACUAGAACAUCUUCAGAGACUUGAUUUAAGCCACAGUGAUAUAGAAGCUUCUGACUGCUGCAAUCUGCCACUCAAAAACCUGCACCGCUUGCAAUACCUAAACCUGAGUUACAAUAUGCCCAUUGGUCUCCAGAGUCAGGCAUUCAAAGAGUGUCCUAAGCUAAAAGUCCUGGAUUUGGCAUUCACCCGCCUGAGCAUUAGUGCUCCACAAAGUCCUUUCCAAAACCUUUCUCUACUGCAGACUCUGAAUCUCUCUCACUGCCUCCUUGAUACUAGCAAUCAGCACCUUCUAGAAGGCCUGCUGGGUCUCCGGCAACUGAAUUUACAAGGCAAUCACUUUCAAGAUAGGAGCAUUUCAAAGACUAAUCUACUUCAGACAGUAAGCGGCUUGGAGGUUCUGAUUUUAUCCUUCUGUGAGCUCUUCUCUAUAGACCAGCAAGCAUUCCACAGUCUUGGGAAUAUGAGUCACCUGGACUUAAGCCACAACAACCUGACAGAAAAUAGCAUCAAUGCUCUUAGCCUCCUUAGGGGGACCUACGUCAAUCUGGCCACCAAUCGCAUUCGGAUCAUCCCGCCCAAUCUCCUCCCUAUCUUGUCCCAGCAGAGCACCAUUAAUUUAAGUGACAAUCCCCUUGACUGCACUUGUUCAAAUGUUCAUUUCAUAACAUGGUACAAAGAAAACCUGCAAAAAUUCGAGGACUCAGAGGAGACAGUGUGUGCCAAUCCCCCAUCUUUAAGUGGAGUUAAGCUGUCUCAGGUUGAACUGUCCUGCGGGAUUACAGCCUUGGGCAUUUUUUUCCUCAUAGUAUUUUUAUUCUUGUUCACCAUUCUGCUCAUUUAUUCAGCUAAAUUCAUCAUUAGAUGGAAAUACCAGCAUAUUUAGUGCUGAAGGUUUCUAGGGAUGGCAAAUAAAUGUUUAUCAAAUUUGUGCUAAGUAGAGGAACUGUUGUCUGUUGGUGACCGGAAUUCACAGGUU